AUUGAAAUGAGAUUCGUUGAUCCGCUCACUUAGAUCGCUAGACUAUACUGAAUAAUUACAUAUCAAUAUCGUGGAGCAUAAAAGAUCUUAAGUUUAAAUUUCAUUGCUGAUUGGUAUUAUCGUAAUCAAUAUACACAUUCCAAGUGAUUAUAUAAUCAUAUAUCAGUAAUAUUAAAUAAUUAGCACCAAGUAAAUACAUGAAGCUAGUUACAUGUAGCUACAAACGGUGGCUCUUUGAGGGGGAGGGGUGCCUUGGAUAUUCACGGUGCAACAUUUUUGCUCAGUCCAGUUACUUUCUCCUGUUCACAUGUACAUACGUUUCAGUUCGAAUGGGGCUUUAAUAGAUGAAGUUACGUCCGGCCUGACCAAGUGGGAAAUGGCGUAAACCAUUCUCAAUCUGUGAUAUUAACGUAUUAUUACAACUUGAUUUAAUUCACCUACAAUUUUACAUUGAAGUCUAUGCUGGUAAAAUUGCAACAUAUGUUAAACAUGUGAUUAACAUAUGUUUUGAAACAUAUGAUAAUUAUGUAAAAGGAGCACUGAAGUAUAUAGGAAGAGCAUGUUUUAUUAAAAUAUUUUUAAAAGAAUUCAUAUCUUUAAACAAAUCUUAGUAAAAAGUUACAUAAACUGCCUCUUUAAGAAAAUAUGAAAUAAAAUUAAUCAUUUACCGCACGUAUUUUUUUAUUUUAUUUAUUUAUUUAUUUUUAGAAAAUUAGAUUUUUCUUGUUUACACCAACGGCAGACGCCUUACCAAAAAAGUAUCAAGUGCAAAAUUGAUCGGCUUCCAUCCAUUCACUAGUCCGAUGAAUUUGAUCUAAUUCAUUUUUAUCAUUAUUAAACAAUAAGCAUUUAUUUUUGCUUUAAAUCAUUUAAAAUUGUUCAAUCACCUUUCGUUAUGUAUGCAUUGAAUAUCUUGAGGCAUGAUAUAAAAUCUGGAACAUGUGCAGAAAGAGUUUCUCCAUAAAUCAUCAGAUUUUUUUCAUAACUUCUAGAAUAAUCUAUCCCAUUUUUCUCCCAAGAGCUAAAGUUCUUCAACUUGAAGAUGACGGUGAUUUGAAGGAGCAUUUGAUAGACGAAUUAGAUUAUGUGUUAUUCCCCAAGGAAGAAUGGGAGCUCUUUCUUCUUAAAUAUGGAGCAGCAAAUGGUGUUAAGGAUAUUAUUGACAGGAAAGUGAUCGAGCAGGGGAUGUUUUUGAAACAAUUAAAAGUGGAAAUUUAUUUAAUGGAUCUAAAGAUCAGAAAUAUACAAUGUCCUGAUCAACAAGAUAUUAUCUGGAAAGUUAGCCGGAUAGACAGUGUAGAGUUGUUGGAGUUGGCAGCGAGAGAUGAAUUUGGUAUCUCUGAUGAUACAGAGGUUCGUUUAUGGAACAAGUACAUGAGCAAUACGUAUGAACAUCUCAGUAAACGUGAACAAACUGUACAGGAGGCAGGUAUGUACCCUGGACAAGUUGUUGUCAUAGAAACCAGAAACAAAGACGGGUCGUGGCCAAAAGGUGAAUCUGGAAACGGAUUUAAGGUAACAAAGGAACAGAGACUGAAAUACAAUGAAGAAAAAGAAAGAAAAAGAUGUGAAAGUUUGAUGAAGGAGGAAGCUGCGAUAAGCAAUGUCGCUGGCAAAUCUGCAGAGGCACAAGAUAUAGUCUUAUGUGACCAUAAUGGAUGUGAGAAAGCAGCGCACUUGUACUGCAACCUUUGCUUGGAAAAUUUAUGCACCAACUGCGUAGGUCUACAUUUACUUAGAAAAUCCAAAUAUGGUCAUGACGUUGUAGAGUUUAAGAGCAGGAAACAGCGUGGACCGUUCUUAUAUUGUGAAAAGCAUGCAGAUCUAAUCAGUGAAUUGUUCUGUGAGCAAUGUAAAGUCUCCGUGUGUUCCAAAUGCCUUUCUAGUAACUCGCAUAAAGGUCACGAUUUCACGGAAAUGUUUACCGUUCUCAAUGCUCAGAAAGAAUGCAUUGGAAGAGAAAAAGAUGAGAUCAACAUUGUUAUACAGAAAAUGGAGGAUUUCAAGACGGAAUUGGGUGCAAAAUCGGAAGAAAGACAACAGAAAUACAGGCAGCUGGACGACGAAGUAGGUAGAAGGGGGGAGGAGUUAAUGAAGGCUGUCAAAAACGCAGUCACAAAUCGUCGACAGAAGAUUGCUGAACUGAAGGCAUCGGAUGUAAACCAAUUACAGAUUGAAGAAUCUAAAAUUGAUCAGCAAAUUGCCAGAGCUCGGGAGACAUUGGAAUCGUGCGACCAGUUGUUGAGGGAUCAAAAUCCCAGAAAGAUUCUCCAUUUUCAUUCCAAGAUUGCAGAUUUACAAAACGUAGCUGGAGCAAUCCCACACAUGGAAGAUUACCUUUUUAAGGAAGGUUCGCUGUCUGCAGAUUCUGUGUUACUUGGCUAUGUCUGGUUUCUCUUUGCGUGUAUCCUCUCCAGUGUACCCGGGGCCGAGCGCUUGUUACACGUCUUAUUCCUCGGUAAGGAAAAGUUUUUAUUUUGUGUAAUGGGGAACGAUACCAGCAGUAUUCCGUCGGAGGCCACGACCCCCGUCUCCCCCUCUUCGGAAUGGCAGUCCGUGUACUCUGUCGGAUCCAAAAGACGAUCCUCCAUUUCCUCCACCAGACUUCCCACUCCGUCAGAACCACCGGAACCGGAUUUAAGUCACCUAUCGGAAGACGAAAUUCUUACGAUUCGGUCCGUUAUUGGGAGGGCCAAAAACAUGCAACAAGAGGAACAAGAGAGGAUAAGAAAGCUGGAGGAAGACUACAUUGCACAUGCCACAACAGUGGAACAGAGGGCGCUGUCGGAGGAAGCGGAGAAAUCAGAAACUCAUUUAUGCCCAAUUUGCCUUAAAAUCGAGCUCAGCGUCGACGAGCCCCCGGGCAUACGCUCGGGUCAAAAUAUAUGCAAUGAUUGUGGAGUCCUCACGUGCAGCGAAUGUGGGGCCUUCCAAGGUUCCAUGACGUCAAAGCUUCAGGAAUGGGUGUGUAUUGUGUGCGGGAAGCGCCGGAAACUGGUGUUCAGUACAGGUCUCUGGCAUCCCGGUAUCCACCCAACGGACGAUGUACCGCUGGAGCGAGAGUUGCUGACACAGUUAGAUAAACUCAAGAUAGAGGAUAAACCCAAACCUCCCCUGGAGAAAGCUCUGUCAACAGACCAAGCGCCAAAAAGACCGCCACUACCUCGGCAAAAAUCACUUCCGGUUCCCGCCAUUCUUCCCAAGGUCACGGAAAAGACAGUAUCCCACAAACAGAAGAACAUCAGUCAAAGCAGUUUGUCUGGUCGGAGUGACGUUCUUGAUCCCGAGAGCCCAGAGUCCGAGGACUAUCCGACAGUACCCGCCAAACCGAACUCUAAGUUGAGUUCCGCUCUCUGGAACAUGAUGGGAAGCUGUGCGAUGGGACCAAUGGGGCGGAGUACGCACUCGCGUAGUGAUUCCGAGUCAUCGGACGUGACGUCCGACGUUGAUAUGGUGGAUGUAUCUAUGCAAUAUCAGCAGGGAGACGGCAUCAGUCCUGAUGAUGGUAGUGAUGAUUACUCCAUGAUGAGUAUCGGGAGCAGUGGGGAAGACAGUCUAAAGCGGAAACCAAAACACCGCCCUAAAUCUCUCAGUAUCCCGAGAUCUCAGAGCGCGACUUCAUCUGACGACGAGACCUCAGACAGCAAUGUCAGCACAGACACCGAAUGCCGCUUAGCACAGUUAGACGGAAUGGAUGGUGAAUUGGUAGCGCGUGCAGCAUCUGCCUUCGCGGAAGAAAUGGAAGACUUUAAAUCACAUGAUCCAUGGAAAGAACUUCAACUGAAGCCUGAUUUAGAAGUUCAUGAGGAUAUGAAGAAAAGAAGCCCGUAUGCACCCCGCAGUCCUAGCUGGAGGGAAGGACUGGAAAGUCCGCCUUUUUCUCCUCGACGUCGCGAUUCCUACCCAGGGAAAAAACGCGGGUCUCCAAGUCGUUCUCCGAAGGAUCGGCAUCAAUUCACAUUCUCUGAUAUUGCAUCUCCUACCGCAAAACAACCACAAUCGGAAACAGACGUUCAGUACGCUGCGAAAUACCCAGAGGAACAGCCAUCAUACCCUCAUCGAAUACAUUCUCUCGAUGACGAAAAUGGUGACGGAUAUGCUUCUGGUUAUGACAAAGAAGGUCAGAUUGAUCAUAUAGAUGUUGUGGAUUAUGAAUGUGAGCCGAGAAUAAUUGCACGUAUACCUGAAUCAACUGCAUGCAUGGACCUGGCCACGUAUGCCGCCACUAUUGCCAGCAACACGGCGAACUUAACACAGAUGUCCGUGUCUCCCACAAACAUUCGUUUACAUGCAGAUCGGGAACAUAUGGCAUCUCCAGACUCACAAGGAAGUAAUGAUAGCGUCUCACCAAUUUCUCCCGGCUAUUACGAACACGGAACCAUCCCUGAAGAGGACGAAGAAGAAGAAGAGGAGAUAGAACUUGCAGAUCCCUCCUCUAAGUCUAUUGAUUACCAGGGAACUAAACGACAGAAGGCCAGACCCCCUUCAACCGACUGGUCGCCGGUGAUCGAUCUCUCACCUAUUCUUGAUGUAUCACCGUCAGUUGAGGAGGCGGAACAAGAGGACAUGUUAGUUAUGCAAGAACAGGAGAGAAGGAGACGAGAGUCGCAGGAGGAGGAAGAAACGUCUGGUGAUGAAUCUAAGCAUUAUUUUCAACCAGUGAAAGAAGAGGACGACUUAAAGUCGUUCUAUGGAUUAAAGCGAUAUGAACGCGUGGAAGACAUUUGUAAGUUGUUGGAUGUGCCUGUUAGUGAAUUUGAAGAUAUCAAGACAAGCCCGGAUACACAAGGUAAUGUUCAUAUAGCAAAUACUGCUGAAUCUUUACAGUCCACUGGCAACACGACAGAACAACCAUUUGUUUGUGCGACUUCUGUUUCAACAAAAACCACCGAGUCUAAUGUUACUUCUCAAGCUCUGUUGGAAAGUAAACUGAGACAAAACAGUAUAAGUGUUUCAAAUACUUCACGAGUAAAAGGAGAUACUAUUGAAACUGGUUCCCCUAGUUCAGAUAAAUGUGAUGAGAAAGGUGAAAGCAAAACAAAGGAGAGUAAAAUAAGACGAAAACUUCCAGAGCCCACUCCUGACAUGUUAGCCCAACAUUCCAGAAAGAAGAAACCCCUACCGCCCCUACCACCCACCACAUUACAUAGCGAACUGGACAGUGACAAGAAGAAACCCCUACCGCCCCUACCGCCCACCACAUUACAUAGCGAACUGGACAGUGACAAGAAAAGUAAAAACUAUGCCACGGUUAUCAUACCGGAGCGAAAAUUCACAUCUGCUGCCUCAAAGUCUAUAUCAGAAUCCCAGAAUGCCAAAUCUUUAAAAGAUCAAGUUCAAAAACAAGAUUCAGAAGAAAGGCGUCGAAGAGCAAAAGAUUUAAAAGCCAAACCGGACCCUUUGAUCAUUCAACAUAUUGAGGCGGAAGAAAAAUCUUUGUCUCCUCAAUACAAAGUGUUAGAUUCGCCCCCGAGUCCGGAGUCGAGGUCCUCGUUAAAACGGGACUACUCGGACAGCACUUCAGUGUCACCUUCCUCCUCCCCCGAUCGUGAGCUAUACCCCUUCCCGUCUCCGGUCACUCCACCGGAUUCCGACUCCUCUCCGCCUAAACCACACUCUCCUUCUUCGCCCGGGACAGAUAAUUUUGAUGAUGACAGCGAAUAUAGAGAAAGGGCGCCAUCUGUUGAGCCCAUUUAUGAAUACAUAUUCCCAGUACCUGCUGGAAAAAUGGAUAUCGUGGGGAAAAUAGCAGCUGGAAGGGGCAGGAAUAAGAAAGCUGAUCAGUCUGCAGUUGACGGCAAAAAGGUAAGAAGGAAAUUACCCCCGCUUCCGCCGGAAGAAGCGAGUGCAACUCCACCACCUAUACCACCUAAACCCAAAUCGUACAGUGCAGCGCGUCGAACAUCACAAAGACACAGGUCAGGGUAUAUCACGCCUUCCUCGACUAGUGACGAGUCGAUGAAUGAGGAAGACUUUGAGGUCGCCAUGCUGACCAAGCAGCGUCGCAUGAAUGAUUUAGACAAACCCUCAUUGGACCGAUGGAAUGGAAAUUAUCUUCCGCCUGAUAUGGAUGAUUCUAAAGUGAAAAAGAAUGUCAAGCAAAUGUAUAAUGAGGAUGUGAAAGCUAACAUACCUCCUGAUAGUGCUUUGGAAUUGAGGAUAGGAGUUUUAGAACAAUUUAAUAAAGAAAAAGACGAAACAGAUCAAAUAAUUGAUUCCUUGAUUACUAUAUACGGUGUACCAAUAACACAAGCUAUGAAAUCAUUGAAGAAACGUUUACAAGAAGAGUUGAGACGUGCGACAGAAGGAAGAAGGCGACGAAUCGAAGAAAUAGAGGAAAUUCGAGCUUUACAAGCUCAGAUUUGUGAAUUAAAAUUAAGUCAGGAUUAUGCAAAAGUGCAAGCCAAAAGAAAUGGACAGAAGCAAGCAGCUGCCAAGUCUGUAGGUCCCGGUGGUAAAAAACGUGGAUCCGUUCCUAUGGCUGCCCCUCGGUCCUCGCCACAAGUCAUGCCCCGAAGGUCUAGACAUAAGAGGCAAUCGAGCGAUCCGAUGAUCUCUAAGUUUUCCCCAAUUAAGGAGGAUAAAGACAUUGAAGCUGAUUUUCAAUUAAAGGCACACAAGACUAGCGAGGAAACUUCUCAAAAAUACAUUACAGAUGACAGUUCACAGUCAGGUUUGUCAGAUAACGAAAGUAUUCGCUCAGAGCCCGCUUUUAAUGCAAGAGUCAAGAAAAUUAAACCUUCAGCAUACACCGAUAUGUUUUUUAAUCAAAGCACCCCAAUACGAAAGCCAAAUAUGGAACCUUCAUCUUCUCUCCCACCUAAAUGCCAUUCAGAUACCAAUUUGCCAGAUAAAGCUAAAUCAAAAGGUUCGAUGUAUGUGUCUGGUGACGAAACAAAAGCCAGAGAAGAUCGAAAACAAAAGCUCCAGCAAGAAAUUGAAAAACGGAAAAAGAAAUUGGAAGAGACCACGAAAUUGAAAACCGAAUUGUUUAAUCUGACAAGAUCAGGACAAGUUAUGGCUCAUAGCUAUGAUGACAUUCCCAAAAAAUCAAGUCGAACGUUUCCUUUAACUCGACCAAUUCCCACUGGUAUCAUAAAACCACUAGAAGAUGAUGAGGAAUUUGAUGAUAUUUCUGAUGAUAAUGAAUUUGUAACGAGAAGUCAUCAAGAGAUUAGCAAAGCCAGUAUUGCUGACUCUAAUGAGGCUAAUUAUAGUUCGUCUGAAUAUCUGGCUCACAAGCAAGAAUCGGUGAGACGAAGACUAGAAGACGUCGCCUCGCAUUCUAGCCCUUAUUUAUACAGCGGAAAUAUAAACGACGCUCGUGUGUCUAAAAGCUCGAAACAAAAAGUAGAUUUUUACUUGGACCCUUCAUCUAGAGACGCUGUAAUAACUAGCAGUGUGACAUUACCAGACCUUCAUUCGAAGAGGUCAGAUAUAGAAUACCACCCUCCUAAGGACUACGGUGCUAUGUCGGACACAGAGACCAGCCCUCCCAGUGACUCCACCCCGGCCAUGCCGCUUCUUGCCGACGUGAAAGAAAAAUCUCGCCAGAUCAUUCACGGGAUUGGAAGUGGAAGUAGACCGGUGUCAGCCGAGUUCAAUUUCUCCGGAGGCGUAGAAGACCUGAUGAAUGGCAUGCACCGUGUGGAAAGCGACAAUAGUGUAGAUGCAGACGAACCUAUCAUGAAACACAUGAUGGAGGGAGGGGUUACCAUUCUGAAGCAAUUGGAGCGAAAGAAACAGCCUCCUCCGCCUCAACCGAAGGUCUACGAUUUCCCCAUAAAAAGGAUUCUGUUGACGAGAGACCCCAAGGACAGAUCUAUCAAAGCAGGAAAUGGGCUGGGUAUGAAAAUAGUGGGAGGAAGAACUAUUCCGGGAACGAGAACAGUGGGCGCUUAUGUUGCCGCAAUCUACCAAGGAGGCGUGGCUGAACAGUUACUAGGGGAACUACAAGAGGGUGAUCAGAUUCUGGAGUGGAACGGCACUGAUCUCUCUGAUAAGACUUACGAAGAAGUUCAAAAAAUCAUUUGUCAGCCAAACGGGGAAAUAGAGUUGGUGGUUCGUCCAGCUCCUCACAGAAGUGGAUAUAAGGUGGAAGAGAGUUGUGGUUCUUCCUAUGAUAAUCUGGAGUUUGUUUCAGACGAUGUUUAUGAAAAGUGUGUGAAAUCGAACUUUGGCGUAGACCCUGGUCAGUUGGCGGCCCAUUUAGAGGGAAUCACGGAAACCGAUUCUCCUAAUGCCUCUCAGUCUUCUUCCCAACAUGAAUACUUUACCCCUAGCGUAUCAUCACAGUGUAGUUCCCCGAGGUCUGACCCUGCCUCCGCCUCCUCGGAUAGACAGAGGGGAGCUAGCUCAGAUGACAGGCCACAGAGAGCUACUGUCGAGGAUAGACAGACCAGAAAUAAUGUAGAUGAUCGCGCACAAAGAACCAGUUCUCACGACAGAAGAAAUGCAGAUGAAAGAUCGCACAGAACUAGUCUAGACAACAGUUCACAGAGGAGUAAGUUAGAUGACAAGUCACAAAGGACCAGUUUAGAUGACAGGUCACAGAGGACCAGUGUAGAUGACAGAUCACAAAGAACCAGUUUACAUGAUAGGACACAAAGAACCAAUUUAAAUGAUAGGUCACAGAGAACCAGUGUAGAUGACAGAUCACAAAGAACCAGUUUACAUGACAGGUCACAAAGAACUAGUUCAGAUGAAAGAUUUCAAAGAAGAUGCUCAGAUGAGAGGUCACAAAGAUCUAGUUUAGAUGAAAGGCAAAGAAGACAAAAUGUUGUCCCAGACGAAAGGCAGCAGAGACUAAAUGAUUUCGAGAAGGCAGAUUUGGUGGAUAAAGUUGAUAAGUCCACACAGCAAGAAGAGAAAGAUUGGGGCGAAAUUCAGCUACAACUAGGUCACGAUGAAUGUGAAAGUACCCUACACAUACAUGUAAUUCAGGCACGAAAUCUGAAACCAAAGGACAUCAAUGGACUGUCCGACCCGUUCGUAAAGAUUUAUUUUUUGCCGGGAAGAUGUUCAGAGAACAAGAGAAGAACCAAACAUAUCUCCAGGACAUUGAACCCGGAAUGGCACCAAGUCGUGACAUUUCAGAACAUUCACCACGAAGAAGUAAAGUAUAAGACGCUGGAGAUCACGGUCUGGGACUACGACAGAUUCAAGGCCAACGAUUUCUUAGGUGAAGUCGUCAUAGAUUUGUCAGUGGAGGGUUUUCUGAAUAAUGAGCCCCACUGGUACCCUCUGCAAGACCAUGAUCCGACAAGGGGUGUUGAACUACCUAAACCCACAGUGCUGCCACCUACAUCUAAGUCGAACGACAUACGGAAACCGUUAGCAACGCAGAGCGUCUACAGGACUUCUAGAGAUUCCCCUAACAUGCAACGACGAAAGGGUGACAAACCGGAUAAUAUGGGCCGGAGAAGACGUUCCCUUGGUAACUUAUCGGAUGUAGACCGUUCUUCUACCUCCGAUUCCUUGGAAACUUCCUCUACUCGUUCGUCACCUCUUCUACGUCACAAACCACGUGAUAUGCAACUUCAGUAUUCUGCGCAUGCACCUGGUAAUGUAACCCAUUGUUUCAGUGGUUUGUCGCACAUCCUGUCUCUAGCACGUCAUUUCCUGUCUCCUUGCUCCCCGAAGAGAAAACCUAGUUCCGGUGCACGUUCAUUUCGGCGGUUCUUUCAUAAGACAAAAAAUGAUAACAGGAGUAUGACAACGUAUUGGCACUAUCAGAGUUUUGAUUGACCAAAGUGUAUAUCUAGGUCCCUUUUUCAAAGCAGCCUGUGAUAUGAACUAGAAUUAUUUAGGAUAUGUAUCUAUGACAUACUGUUUGACUGGAAGCGAUGGGAAUUGUACUACAGAGAGGCGACUAAAUAACGUGAAGAGGGUGAAGGAAGAAAAUGUUUUGUGAUCGGUAGUGUGUUAAUAGAUCUGUUUUAUUUCGUCCCUUGUUAUAUUGUUCGUUUGUUUCUAUUUAAAAUUACAAUUGUGAAACUGUUGCAAAAUAACUUGUUCUCGUAUUUAAACAUUCUAAUGUUUCUAUUUGACUAACAAUGCUGCGAGUGAUAUUGAGUUAAAUGCAUGCCAAGACAAAUGAUUAAAUCAAAUAAUUCCUAUUUGAUGACUGUGACGGUUGAUUUUCCCGAUGAUCAAUUGCUAUUGCUAGUAUGUGAUUACCAUGUUUUGGAAUUUAAAUACACAUUUAUUGAGUCUUAAUUAUUGUAUGGAUUGGUAUUGCUUGUAAUUCAUGGUACUUUUAUUUUGUUUGGUGCAUUGUAAAUCAUUCAUCCAUUGGUGCAAUAUAUUACUUUCAUUAUGGAAUAACUCAUGUGAUUGAAAUCAAACAUAAAAAAGGACAGGAAUAGUUUUUCUUAUUCCCAUUAUUGCGAGAGAGAAAGUUAAAAGUUGAUCCAUUUUGUGCAGAUUUAAAUCAUAUCAAAUUGUUUCAAUUUUAAUGUGAUAUUUAUGUGGGGUCGUGUCAUAUGUACAAGUGUGUACCUUUUCGCGAAAACAAAGUGAAAAUGUGCUUACUGCAAAACUGCGGUGUUCUGGGUAAACACGAUUAGUUAGAGGUGGGUUUUUUAAUCAAUUAUCAUUAUCUAUCUAAUUUUGUUAUUUCUAUUUCCAUCUUCACUAUAAGUGUUAGAUCAUAAACCACCGUAGGCUUCAUCCAUACGUUGAAGGAUCAUACAUUUUAGAAUAAAGUAAGAAAUAUUAUCCAACUCCCGAUUCCAUGAUGUUAUUAUAUAUGACAAGGUUUUAUAUAUUUAGUUUUUUUAACAGAGUGGUUUAUUGUUAAUUUACAUCUAUGGUGAAAAACUGAUAUCUGUAUGACGUGAUAAAAUAUGCCCUGUAAUUGUUGAAAUUUUGAUGAAUGUGAUUUUUUUGUAUGAAUUCCUGUUUAUUUUGUACAGAAGUUGGAGUGAAGAAAGAGAUGUGGUUUAAAAGCAAUAAAAAUUAAAACUUAAAA